AAAAAAAAAAAAAAAAAAGUUCUUUAUAGAGUCUCCAAUAUAAUCCAUGUCGUACCGAGUCUCUCUGGCUACGCGUUUUUUGGCUCUUCAGAAAGUCCCCACCUUCCUACCUACCUGUAAUCCCCGAUUUCAGACACAUAAGACCCAUGGCACAUUCAGGGAUUAAUGACACUGGAAAGAAGCUUAUUCGGAUUGAUAUCUCUUCGGACACUGUAUGUCCAUGGUGCUUUGUGGGCAAAAGAAAUUUGGACAAAGCAAUAGCUGCUUCUAAGGAUCGAUUUGACUUCGAGAUAAGCUGGCAUCCAUUUUUUCUCAAUCCUUCUGCCCCUAAAGAAGGUAUUAACAAGCUAGAGUUCUAUAGGUCAAAGUUUGGAUCUGAAGUGGAAGGGAUCAUGGCUCGGAUGACAGAGGUGUUUAGGGGUCUCGGCCUAGAAUACAACAUUUCUGGACUCACAGGAAAUACGCUAGACAGCCACAGGCUUAUAUAUUUUGCUGGUCAAAAAGGUCUUGAGAAGCAACAGAAUCUUGUGGAAGAGUUGUUCCUUGGUUACUUCACGCAGGCAAAAUACAUUGGAGAUCGGGAAUUUCUUCUGGAAUCUGCUAAUAAGGUUGGGAUAGAAGGCGCAGCAGAAUAUCUUGAAGAUCCCAAUAAUGGAGUCAAGGAGGUCAACGAAGAGCUCGACAAGUACUCAGGUCACAUUUCAGGAGUGCCGUAUUUUUUGAUCAAUCAGAAGCACCAGCUGAGCGGUGGCCAACCGCCCGAGGUGUUCCUAAGAGCUUUUGAAGUGGCAACCAAGUGAUGGUACCUUGCUCCCAAAAUCAUCUAGCUUUUUAGUUCUAUCAGAAGGUGACUGACCUAUGCAAAUAAAUGAGGGUGCUUGUUGGAUGUGUGCAUCUUUCCCCCUGUACUGCAUUGUGUUAUGAUGUAUGUGCUGUACAUGCAUACCUUACUCCCUAAAUAAAAAUGGCUGCUUUGUUGUAACUUUUCAA